UUGUCAUUCAAUUUUCUAUCGUAUAUUGUGUCGUGUUGUUUAUACUUUAUCUUAUUUUAUUCUGUUAAUAAAUGUAAUGUUAUUUUAUUUAGUGAAAUCGUAAAUUAUUUGUUUGUGAUCUAUAAAAUAAUCGGCCAUCAUGACAACCAACGCCCGGGUAGCUGUAUCGCAAAUCUUGCGCAAUAAAGAUGAAGCUGGCGACGAGGAAGAUGAGCCAAAGAAGAAGUCAAGGGAGGACUGGAGGAAAGCUAAGGAGUUGGAGGAGGCACGGAAAGCUGGUACUGCUCCUGCUGCUGUCGAUGAAACAGGCAAGGACAUAAAUCCCCAUAUACCACAAUACAUAUCAUCGGCACCAUGGUACUAUGGUACUUCUGGACCCACACUGAAGCACCAGCGGCCACAAGAAGACAGGGAAGCUAAUUUCACAAAACUGGACAAAUAUUAUUACAAAGGAGUGGAUACUACAAAAGUAGCUACGAAAUUCAGAAAAGGCGCAUGCGAGAACUGUGGGGCAAUGACUCAUAAGAAGAAAGAUUGCUUAGAGAGACCGAGAAAGAUUGGAGCGAAAUUUUCAAAUGCUGGUAUAGCUCCGGAUGAGUACCAACAGCCUAAUCUGAACCUCAGUUACGAUGGCAAGCGGGACAGGUGGAACGGUUACGACCCCGCACAGCACAAGGCCAUUAUAGAGGAGUAUCAGAAAGUUGAAGAUGCUAAAAGAGAGUUACGGGCACAGAAACUGGAACAAGAUCCUACAGCGAUGGAAGAUGAUGACAAUGCUGAGGAAGACGAAGACAAAUACGUGGAUGAAGUUGACAUGCCUGGAACUAAGGUGGAUUCCAAACAGCGUAUCACGGUGCGAAACUUGCGUAUCAGAGAGGACACCGCCAAGUACCUGCGGAACUUGGACCCUAACUCGGCGUACUACGACCCCAAGACACGCUCCAUGAGGGACAACCCUAAUCCUAAUGCUACAGAGUCGGAGUACGCGGGCGAGAACUUCGUGAGGUUCACGGGCGACACUUGCGCGCACGCGGCCGCCCAACUGUUCGCGUGGGACGCGCACGCGCGCGGCCUCGACGUGCACCUGCUGGCCGAGCCUACCAAGCUGCAGCUGCUGCAACGAGAAUACCGCGACAAGAAGGACCAGUUCAAGACGCAGGUGAAGCAGUCUGUGCUGGAGAAGUACGGCGGCGCGGAGCACCUGGCGGCGCCGCCGCGCGAGCUGCUGCUGGCGCAGACCGAGCUCUACACCGUCUACAACCGCGACGGCACGCUCGCGCACGGCGCCGAGAAGCAGCUUGCCAAGAGCAAAUAUGAAGAGGACGUGCUUAUCAACAACCACACAGCGGUGUGGGGCUCAUACUGGAAGGAUGGACAGUGGGGCUACAAGUGCUGUCACUCGUUUAUAAAGAUGUCGUACUGCGUGGGUGAGGCUGGAAAAUCAGUCGUAUUAGAUGUACAGGAAGAUGACAGGAAAACUGCUGCCAAAGAUACUACAGAGAAGAAAGAGAAAGCAAAAUCAGACAAGUCAGACUCGUCUUCAUCGGACUCAAGUUCCGACAGUAGUUCCUCUGAUUCCGAACCAGAGAUCAGAUCUAAAACGGAGAAGACAAGCAAGAAAAAGAAGAAUAAGAAGAAGGCAAAGAAAAAGAAGAAGAAGGAUCUCAAAAAAGAGAAACGAGUGGAGGAUAAACUGAAAAAGGCAUUGGAGAUGGAAGAACGGCAACAAAAGCGAGCUGACUAUCUUCUUUCUGUGGAUGAGCGCAAGCGACCAUACAAUAGCAUGGUGGAAGUCAAGGAGCCCACUGAAGAUGAAAUGGAAGCCUAUAUGAUGAAGAGGCGAAGAGAAGAGGACCCCAUGAGCCAGUUCCUCUCGUGAAACAUUUAUUCCAUAUUAUCUAACGUACGACUAUGUAUAUAAUUUAUUAAAAUAAAUACUUAAGAAUAAAUA